AUGGCUGACACAGGGAAUCGGGGCCCGGAGCCUUCAGCCUGGAGGUGGUUAGCGCUGUUACUGCUGGUGAUCCCCUUGGCGCUGCUUGGUUACGGCGCCUGGUGGCUGUACCGGUACAUUUGUUACAAACGGCUCGUGAAGUCGGUGAACCUGACCGGGGGAGGCCAAACCGGCCAGGUGAAUGAACGGCAUAUGAGCUUUCUUCUACGCGGUGAGGACUACAACACCGAGCGAGGCAGUAUUGUGGGGGGUCUGAGCUCAAACAUUUCGAUCCCCAGGAGUGAAACGGAUCCGGCCUCAGGCACGGUUAAAAUGGAUACUGAUUUUGACCCACUAGCAAACCUAGCGGCGGCGCAGAAGGUACGAAAGACAUUCCGGUGCUACUCGGAUACCACUACACUAACUUACUCACCUCCAGAACCUCCGAAUGACACUAUCCAGAAUCCCCACAAUACACAAAAAUCCGAGAACUAUAGGAAGGAUAGUGGUUCACAUAAUGACCACUGGAAAGACAAACAUGGCUCUUGGAAUUCCUCGAUCGGACUAACGCCACAUUGGCCUCCAAACAAGGAUGAGAUGUCCAUGACGACGGUGUCUGCUGACCGCCCAACAGCCGCAGGCGUGCCGUCCUCCCACGCCCAGGGGUACCACUGCACGACGAGAGUCCUCCUCGCGAAAUACGCAAACCCCGACUGUGAUGUAAACAGGGCAGAUUUGGAAGGAGGUGCCGAGGGAAAGGGCGAUGCGCGGAUCCGCCGUAAGGCAAGCGCGACUUUUGAUAGCAUUAUCGCCGCCACAGGCGACUCAAAAGCCAGCAUUCCGCAUCCCUUAGCUAUGGAACCACUUGCAUUGACCCCGCUAUCGGAAAAAUUGACUACACCUGUCUCGAAGAUGAAAAAGUAG